CUUUCUUCUCUUCUCUGUUCUCUCCAUUGGACUCAAACGAGACAACUAUAUAAAUGGUGGUUCCCUCAACUUUCUAUUCUCAGCAACCACCUUUUUCCGCUCACAACCAAUUUCAGCACAUUCCAGAGAGAUCUCACCUCAUAUCUCAGAUCGCGGUUCCAAUUUCACACUCUUCCAAUUUUCUUAAAGAUAAUCGAAGUUUGGCACUGUAGCUGAAUGAUGUAUUUGGACUUUGGAAUCCCUUUAUACUGGAAUUGGAAAUCAUGAUUGUUGAGUUAGGAGAAUUUGGUGUUGUUCAAGCCAUGAAAACUCAAUUAUCCAUGAAAUUCAAGCCUCUACUUGCAACUGGUUCCUUCUAGGGAGGAUUUUUUGUUGUCGUCUUCUCUUUCAUCUAUCAGAAGUUUGUUGCAGCCUCUGCCUCAUGGAUUCUGUCCUUGGUAAUUGGCCAUCUUAUGAUCCUCACAACUUUAGCCAGCUUCGAACUUCAGAUCCUUCUAGAUCUUCUAAAAUGGCACCGGCCACUUACCAUUCUAUUCACAACAGGGACGUACCACCAGCCGAUCAAGUGAUAAAUACCGAACACAAAAAUAUCCUUCUAAGAGAAAUCUACCGGCGUGCAGAGGAGAAGAUUGAUCUAAUAGCCUUACCAUCACCAUCGCAGUUGACACCCAAAAGAGCCGCAUCCGAUAACCUCAUACCGGAGCAUGGAUCCAAACAACCAAGGGUUUCAACUUGAAAAAUUUUAUUUGACCAACAAAUGGUGAAUAUGGUUUGUGAACAACUCUUUCAGAAGUCAGAUAUGCCGUUGUGUAACUAAGAAGACUUUGGCAUGUUUGGUGUUGUAAACUAUCUUUUCAAGUAUAGAGUUGGUUAGCCCCAUCAAAAUUGUUCAGUGAAUGAAGUGAAAUAGUGAUUAUGAAUUUCAUUGUAGAUUUUGUGCCAUAUGCUUGUCCAAUGUCCACAUAAGUUAGAAAGAGGCAGAAGCUUUGAUUCAGGAUUUUGAGGAUUUGCAGUAAGUAUGCAUCCUAAUCUUGUGCCACAUUCUUUAUUUUUUAUUUUAUAUGAUAACUUUUUAUGCACAUUCCUUCCUUCGAAAGGUUUAUCUAUUUAUAGAACCAUGAGAAUUUA